CACCUGCCAGUGAGCAACAGUCACAGGCUGUUAACCUCAAGAUCUGGAAGUGUUUCUGAGUCAACGAAGCUUCACAAACUCUUUCGUUGUCUGCUGUUGUCAAAGUUCAGGUACAUAAAGAGGAAUUUAGGUUCGUCUUAGUGAUUUUAAGAUUCACACUUUAAGUGAGCUCAAGCACUGUAUCCUGGCACUGGCCAUAAGGCACCUGCCAGACAAUGACCCUGCAACCAUUAACUCCAGUGAACUGUGCAAGCCUUCUACAGCCCGGCUGUUCUCUGCUUCAUCUGGAUGGUGAAGUUCUCCUGUUUGGCCAGAAAGGGUGGCCCAAGCGCUCAUGUCCAACAGGGGUGUUUGGGGUUCGGUUUAAACGUGGUGAGAUGAAGUUGAGACCCAUCACUUUCUCCAAUGACUCAUGUUACCUUCCUCCAUUACGUUGUCCAGCUGUUUGCCGCCUUGAUCCCUAUGAUGGGCUUCCAGAGAGUUAUCUCAUCCAUGGUGGCCGCACCCCAAACAAUGAGAUUUCAUCAACCCUGUAUCUGCUGACCACGGAUAGCCGUGGCUGCAAUCGUAAACUAACUUUGUGCUGUAAAGAGAAAGAACUGGUGGGGGAUAUGCCUGGGGCCAGAUAUGGCCACACAAUGAGCAUGGUUCAAAGCCAUGGAAAGACAGCUUGUGUCUUGUUUGGGGGAAGAUCCUGCAUGCCUGCAGGACAGCGGACCACAGAGACCUGGAACAGUGUCGUCGACUGUGCUCCUCAGGUGUUCCUGUUUGAUUUAGAGUUUGGUUGCUCCUCUGCACACACUUUGCCUGAGCUCAAUGACGGACAGUCUUUCCAUUUGGCCCUUGCCAGAGAAGACUGUGUCUACUUCCUUGGGGGUCACUCACUGACCUCUGACUCCCGCCCUCCUCGACUAUUUCGCCUGCGCGUUGAGCUUCUGCAAGGCAGUCCCUUGCUUUCUUGUGAGACUCUAGACACUGGUAUAUCUAUCUCUAGUGCUAUAAUCACCCGUACGGGUCCUACACACAAAUAUAUCAUCUUAGGUGGGUAUAAGUCAGAUUCUCAGAAGAGGAUGGAGUGCAGCACAGUGGUACUUGAUGAGAAAGGGAUCCACUUUGAGCACUUGGAGCCACCUAAUUGGAUCCCGGAUAUAGUCCAUAGUCGCACUUGGUUUGGUGGCAGUGCUGGGGAGGGAAGUGUCUUACUUGGUGUACCUACGGAGGGAAGACCAUCCCAACCAGAUAUGCAUUACUUCUAUAAGGUGAGCUUCCAGACAGAGGGAGAAGGCAAAGAGGAAGAAGGAAUACAGAGUUGCAGCCAGGAGUCAACAGAUUAUGAUGACUCCACUCCUCUUGAAGACUCUGAGGAGCUCUACUUUGGUCGUGAGCCACAUGAGCUGGAGGACAGCAGUGACGGAGAAGGGGAUACUUACAAUGAGGAGGAUGAGGAGGAUGAGUCACAAACAGGUUACUGGGUCAAAUGCUGCUUGGGCUGUCAGGUAGACCCCAACACAUGGGAGCCAUACUACUCCACUGAGCUCCAUCGGCCAGCCAUGAUCUACUGCUCCAGAGGGGAGGAAGGACACUGGGUCCAUGCCCAGUGCAUGGAGCUCUCUGAGACCCUGCUGCUCAGGCUCUCUCAGGGCAACAAAAAGUACUUCUGCCUGGACCAUGGCGGCCUGCCCUACCAGGAGAUGACUCCUCCUCGACAGAUCAUGCCUCUGAAGCGUACCCCGAUGAAAGUUAAGGACAGAAAAACUCUUACAUUCAAGAUGUCUCCCGCCAAAAAAAGCUUUUUCAGAAGGCUUUUUGAAUGAAUCAGAUUUAAUUACGAUGCAUGUAGAUGGUCACUGUCAAGAAUUAUACGUUUAUUGAAGAAUUGUCUUGUUUACGUUCAGUGAAUGAACGAUGUGAAAAAUGCCUAAUAUGCUGAUCUGUAUUCAAUGUGAAAUAUUUUGUGAGGACAAAAAAAUAAAAUAAAAUUGCAUUCUAUUAUUCCAUGCCCGACACAAAUGACAUUUUAGCAUGUAUGAGUACAGUGUCUCUAGUAUGUGUUCUUUUCAGCUGUAUAACAAUGCCAAUUGUAAUUUUGUAAUCUAUUAAUCCAGUUUUUGCCUCCUAAUGCUAUCUUCCAUGGUCAAAUGGAGCUCAAUUCUUUUUGCAAUUAUUCCUACUAUUAGAAUGAUUAUUGAAUGAAAAAAUGGAAAGGCUGUUAAGUUACCAGUUGCCUAACAGAACUCUUCAACCUUGACCACAACCUGGAUGACUGAGAAUCUUCAUAGACUGUUAAGAAUGCUACACAUACUGAGGAAAUGUCUUGUUUAUAUUCAGUGAAUAAAUUGAUGUUAAAAAAAAAUGCUAUACUGAUUUGUACUCAACUCAGCACAGUGAAAUUAACAAUAAACAGUCUGCUUCAAAUUCAGUUUAUUUCUGUCUUA